AUGGAGUUUACUAAGCAAGGAAGCAACUCCGAGACCUCGAGCGAUGACGCCGAUCAGCCGGAGAAAGUCAACGACGACGGCGAGGGCACUCGCCGGUCCUACGAGUGCACCUUCUGCAAGCGUGGCUUCACCAACGCUCAAGCCCUAGGAGGUCACAUGAACAUACACAGGAAGCACAAGGCGAAGGCCAAGCAGAUUGUAACUUCCGAUCAUUCGACGACUUCGCCGUCUAGCAAGUCCAGUGAGGCCAAGUUCUUUGCGCCGGUUUCAAGUGAACAGGCACGUUACCACGCCGCCUUGGAAGCCCAGAUGAAGAGCUAUCAAAUGUACUUUCCUGCAUCAAACCCUAGUCUCCAGCAUGGCUAUCAUCCAGGUCACAAUUUAGGUGCUCCCAAUUCGGGGUUUUCGAGCAAGGAAGAAGAAAGCGCGACGGCCAAUUUGAGCUUGCAAAUCGGCCUUCCGCCUAAGGAAGAUGUCCAGGAGGAGAAGGAACUGGAUUUGGAGCUUCGUCUUGGCCGACACAAUCCAUAA